CUACCUUUGAGGAGGAGGAGGAGGAGGCUGCUACCUUUGAGGAGGAGGAGGAGGCUGCUACCGUCGAGGAGGCGGCUGCUCCCAUUGAGGAGGAAGAGCCUGAGGUGGAUGAGCCUGAAAUCGAGGAAGAGCCAGAAGUUCUGGAGGAGGAGCCAGAGGCUUUCGAGGAGGAGGGUGCUCCUGUCGAGGAGGAGGUUGUUGAGGAGGCCGCACCAGUCGAGGAGGAAGCCGCACCUGAGGAUGAAGAGGCUGCCCCUGUGGAGGAGGUAGCUGCCCCUGUAGAAGAGACCUUAGAGGAGGAGGCUGCCCCCGUUGAGGAAGAGGUUUUAGAGGAAACCUCCCCAGUCGAGGAGGAAGCCGCACCUGAGGAUGAAGAGGCUGCACCUGUUGAGAUGGUUGACGAAGAGGCUGCACCUGUUGAGAUGGUUGACGAAGAGGCUGCACCUGUUGAGAUGGUUGACGAAGAGGCUGCACCUGAGGAGGAAGAGGCUGCAGCCGUUGAGGAGGAAGCCGUCCCAGCUGAGGAGGAAGUUGAUGCCGUAGAACAGGCUGUUGAGGAAGAGGCCUCCCCCGCAGAAGAAGAGGCUGCACCAGUUGAGGAGGAGCCAGCAGAAGAGGAGGCACUGGAAGAGGAGGCAGCACCAGCAGAAGAGGAAGAGGUAGAAGAAACAGCAGAAGAAGAGGAAGCAGAUGCUGAAUCAGAAGAAACUCAAGAGGAGGAAGCUCUUCAGGAAGAGUUUCCAGAGGAGGCAGAUGAAUUUGAUGAGGCAGUUGAGUUGACAGAAGAACUUACCCAGGCAGAAGAACAGAUUGAAGAUGCGCGAACAGAAACGUAGAGCCUGCAAUCUCGGCGCAGUAAGGCGGAGCGAGGUCAGCCCACAUCGCAUCCCACUGAGCACGUGCAGCCACGCUUCCCCACCUCCAUAGAAAGAGAAGCGUCGCCGCGACAUUCGCCACUGUCUCCGUUUUCUCACUCACACACUCAGAAUUUUGCUUUCCUUUCGUUAGUGUAAAAUCUCACUGUUCCAUAACUUGUUUGAUAAGUAUGUUAAUUUUUUUCUCUUGCCCUUUUUACUUUUCAUUUUUUGUUCUACUUUGUUUCCACGAUUUGUUGUUAAAAAAAAAUCCCAUUUCAUAUAAUGGAAAGUAUCAAUGAAUUUCUCUUACGGAUGUAGGUAGAUCAUGUGAGUUGUAGGUUGUUUUUCCUUUCCUUUGUAUAACAAGCAGAGGCAAGUGUUGCUUUGCUAGUCAAAGAUCUUUACAUGUCUGAACCGAGUUCAGCAGUGUGGUUUCACCCUGUUGAAUUGUGGGUCAGAACUUUUUAAAAAAUGUAUGUUUUUUGUUCAACGUGAAGGUAUUAUGCAAAGCUGCACUGAUCAUUCGCGGCAAUUUCACUCUAAGUUUUGUAUUACCAGUAUGUAGUGAGUCUACAUGUGGCAGGUGAACUCUGACAAGUCAGGUGACGUGUUGGGCGAGUGUGUGAGCUUCAGUGUGUAUGACUGAGAAUGUGUGUAGAUGUUUUGUGUGUGAAUGCGACUGUGUGUCUGUAGACAUAUCGCUUUGCAAAACAAUCCCUAUUAGCCGUAGUUCUCAUAAGAUCUUUGAGACUCUUCCUCAUUUCGUUUUGUUUUUGUUUGUUCCAACUACUAGUACCUCUCGCUCUCUGAUACUUCUUAAGUACUGAAAGUGUUUUUGACUCACUCAGACCUCGAGCCAGAACAGUGAACAUCUUUUUGUAUUUCUUAGGAUCUAUAGGAACACAUUUAUUUUCCAGCAAUGCAAGUAAAAAAAAAAAAAAAUGUGGGUGGUAUUUUUUGGACUGUAUUUGGGUUGGAAGUAAACUCUCCUAAUGGGAGAUAUGUUGGCGUAUGCCAUUUCUUCUGGGAAAAACGGAUUUAAAAAAAAAAUUGCCGGAAGACGAGGGAAGCGCAGGGUCUCAGAGUAUAUGGUAAAACAGGCACUACUGUGCAGUGUGUCCCAGGUCCUUCAAUAGGUCUGCCCCCCACACACACACACACACACACACACACCUGGUCCAACAGGAAUGUGAUUAAUUCAAUACACUUAAACACAAAACAAAAAGUCUGCGUCAGCAAUGUUCAUAAACUUUGUUCCAUUUCUCUCAAUGUACAGGUCCACUUUCACUUGUAUAUUAACUGACUCUAGCCCAGGGUAAGUGCUUCAUUUGGAACAAAGGUAUAUGAAUGUCUGGGAUUGUGGCUGAUUUAGCAGAUACGUGGAACACCUCUUGUUGUUGUCCCUCUGCAUGUGUUUCAGUGCAGCCCCUAAAACCAACUGUAACCAACUGUUCAAAGAGAAAUGCUGUAGUACAUCUAGAAGGGAACGUGACAGUGUAACCUGCUAACUCUAAUGUCCUAGCAUUUAAUGCUAGCAUUUACUAUUGGCGUUAUUGUCAUUGUUGUUUUUACUACAAGGACGAUUCUAGGUCGUGCUCUGGACUUGAGGCUGGAGGGUUAAUGUAAUUUUUAUUAUUUUGAAGGAGUCGUGUGUUUAGUCUCCGUAAUGUUUCUGUGAAUUCAAAUUAGUGUGUUUUAUGUUUUAAAUCUUGCCAUCGUAGCAGUUUUCUGUACAUUGUGGUAAUAAGGGGCGUGCCAGUUGAUAUAAUGCCGAUUUAAUGUGAUGGACUGUAGGAAAUGCUGCAAUGCAACUCUUCUCUGAGGGUGGGGAAAAAACGGUUUGUUUCAACAUUUAAAACAAGUCAAGUGGUUGAAAUAUAGUUCUUAGGACUUAUUUUGGCUUUUUUCUAUAACACUAGUGGGUAUUUUUCUACUCCCUAACACUUUUGAAGUUGAUGUGAAUUUUUAACGUGGUGUUAAUUUUACAUUAUACAAAACUUUACAAGAUAGAUCUGUUCUAGAUUUUUAAAUAAAAAAUACACUUUUUAGGAUCAAACCUGUUUUUUGUUGUUGACAUUUUAAAGACAGUGUUUCACUUUUUUCAAAGCCAUACGUGAAAGGUACAGAACAGACUUUCUUUACUCCAAUGGAAAGACAUUGCACAACUAGCAAUAACAGAAAACAUAUACGAACCCCACUACAAUCUCAAAUUGCAGUUCACAUACAAACAGAGGUUUACACACAUACAAAAAAACAUGUUAGAGGUUUACAUAGUAUCCUGCUGUAUAGGCUAAUAGGUUUUUAAAUGAUUGUGAAAAUGCAUCCUGUAUGCAGGGUUGGAUGACUGUCACAGUUUCUGUAAAAGUUCUGUUCAGGGGCUGCAAUAAAGGUUUGGGACAACA